AUGGGUAUUGGAAAGGGGAGGAGGGCGGAGGGGGUCGGGGAGCCCGGGGCAGAGCCGCUUCUCGGCGACUGGCGAACCCGUGCCACGGCGGCGCCGGCCGGGAGCAGCCCGGGGGGGGCCGCAGAGGCGGCCUUGGGGGCUGCGGAGGCCGGCGGGGGCCCACGGGGGCAGCGGGGCAGUCGCAGGCACAGCAGCGGCGGAGGCGAUAGCGCGCACGGCGGUGCCCGCGAUCGCAGCAGCGGGCGGUCGGCAGCGUGCAGGGCACGGCCGGCGGCUGAGGGGGCAGCGCCGAGCGGGGCCGGGCCGGGCGGAGCGCGGGAGCGGGAGGCGCGGGGCUGGCGGCGGCGGCGGCGGCGGCGGUUUCACACAGGGGGUGCCAAAGCCGCGCGCGAAGGGCAGAACCCGCACGACUGCGAUGGCGGCGGGCAGCGGCACCCGGGGAACGCGCACGGGCCGCCGCAGCCGCGCCGGGCGGGACUGAGGCGGACGGGACGGGACGGCUGCAGCGUCCCUGCCACCGCCACGGAGCGCGGCAGGCGCCCGGUGAUGACGCACAAACCCGGCAGCCGGAGCGGGGCGGGUUUUUCCCCAGUGCGCAGACGCGGCACGGGCGCGGCCGAGCGGGGACCGGAGCGAGAACGGGACCGGGGCAGCGCCGGUGUCCGUCACGGGCACAGGGGGCGUUCCCCAGACCGCGCCUGCGCCGAGAGAAGCGCAGGGGAGGCGCGCUCGGGGCGGGGGCAUCCGCUCUCCCGCCUGCUCCGAGCUGUGCUUGGCAGCCCCAAGCAGGGCCCUGCACCCAGGCCCUUUGCAAUAAACAGCAAGUUCCACGACCUGGCUUCAGAGAUCUCUCGUCUCUGUCCAUCCCAACCGUCCUACCCCCUGACGCUCCUACAAAGGUGCUCAUCCCUUGUUUUCCCCAAACCAGGAUUUGCCAUUGCCAAGCCCUGGGAGGCUGCGAGGAAGAGGAAGAUGCCUCAGGACACUGAUGCAGAGCAGGAGCUGAGCAUGCAGAGCAGGGAGGACAAAUGCCCGCGGCAGAACCUGAUGGAAGAGGCCGUUUUGAGCGGCUCCACGGCGCAGGAAGGCAACGGGGAGGAAAAGGCGCGGAGAUGCCGCACGAGGAGGGGCUGCAAACGCAGCUGGGGGGGAUCUGAGGGGGAAAGAGCCAGCCUGGGCCGGGAAGGCAGCCAAAGAUCAAGCCAGAGCUCGGAGCUGGCGCUCCACGAGCAGCUCCAUGAUAGGGAGAAGCCCCACACGUGCAGGGAGUGUGGGAAGAGCUUCAGGAGGAACUGCAACCUGAUCAGGCACCAGAAGACCCACACUGGGGAACGGCCCUACGCGUGUGGGGAGUGUGGGAAGAGCUUCAGCGAGAGCUCCACCCUGAUCACGCACCAGAGGACUCACACUGGGGAGAGGCCCUACGAGUGUGAUAAAUGCAGGAACAGGUUGGUGACCAGCUCCCAUCUCGUCCGGCACUAUCAGAGUCACACAGAGGAGAGGCCCUUCCAAUGCCCCGACUGUGGGAAGGGAUUCCAACGCAACUCCCACCUCAUCAGACACCAGCACAUCCACACGGGGGAGAAGCCCUAUGAGUGUGAUAAAUGCAGGAAGAGGUUUAAGACGAGCUCCAGUCUCCUCCUGCACUAUCGGAUUCACACAGAGGAGAGGCCCUUCCGCUGCCCUGACUGUGGAAAGGGAUUCAAGCACAACUCCAUCCUUGUCAAGCACCGUCGCAUCCAUACUGGAGAGAGGCCCUACGAGUGUCCGUGUGGGAAGCACUUCUCCAUGAGCUCUACCUUGAACCAACACCAACGGAGGCACCGGUAAGGGAAGCCCUGCGAGUGCCCCGAGUGCGGGCAGAGCUUUGUGCGCUGCUCCUGCUCCAUUCCCCACUGGAGGAACCACAUUGGGCACAGCCCUGGUGACCCACAUUCCGUGUGAUCCAUUUUGGGAACACACCUGUCUACUUCUCCUUUUGGUUUGGCCUUAAUUUUCUUCUGCUUCAUCUUCAUCCCUUAAAAACUGCCAAAACAGAGUUAAAUGAAUGAAAUUGAUCAAAGAUAUCUAAAGUCCCACCAUUUCACAGGUGUUUGAGGGGGAAUUUAGGAUUUGGGGACACAUUCUGUGUGGAGCGCCCCUGUUGCUAAGAGGCAGGAAUUAGAUCUCACCCUUCUUGUGUUGCUAAGAACUCCUCCCUUGACCCAAACCUGAACUCCACCCCUGGGAUACCCUAUAAAAACCCCACAGCCCUGCCUUUGCCCUGUCUUUUGGAGGUCAGAAAUGGAUUCUGGAGCUUUCUGGACCCGUCUCAUUUGUUCCUGGCACCGGCAGCUGCAGCCUCCCUGGACACCAUGAACUUUGGAGAAUGGAGGCAGCCAGUGAGGACAGGUCCUGGAUUGCAAGAUCAGUAUGUGUUCUGUUUGCCAUCUGUCAGAGGUGGGGCAGUUAUCUUCUGUUCAUUGGGCAGUUUAUCUCUUCCACAACCAAUCCUUUCUCCAACAGAUAUCCUCUGAUAAUGGAUGGGCCAUUAAUUAUUAAUUAUCUGCUGUUAAUGGGCCAUUGAGUGUCCCUGCAUGGCUGAUAAAAUGACAUUAUGCCAUUGGGUGAUGCUCCACCCAGGAGGAGGAGCCAAGCAUUCCUACCUGGAUAGACUCUGAGGUUUGGAACACCACAGCAACCUUUUUCCACUGGAUUCCCAGAGGAGCAGCUGUCUUCUCCACUGGAUUGCCAGAGGAAGACCAGGCCCAUCUGCAGCACCCCUGGACCUUCAGAGGAAAACUCCACCCUUCUUCAGGGUACCUGCUCCAACAGAACCACCCCUGGCACUGCAGGAGGGCUGCAGCCACCAUGGAAUGGGACUGUGCCACCAGCCGGACCCACAGGGUGUCAGGUCCUGUUCUGACUCUCUCAGUGGCUUUUUUUUCUUUGUAGUACUGCAUUUGUAUUUUUAAAUUUUCCUAAAAGGAACUGUUAUUCCUGCUCCCAUAUCUUUGCCUGAGAGCUCCUUAAUUUCAAAUUAUAACAAUUCAGAGGGAGGGGGUUUGCAUUUUCCAUUCCAGGGGAGGCUCCUGCCUUCCUUAGCAGACAGCUGGCUUUUCAAACCCAGACAAUAACAAAGUUACUUUAACACCACAGAUAUAAAAUUCAUUUUAAUAUCUGCAAAAAGCCAAUAUUAUGUGUCCAUAACAAUAAACCUCUUGCUGAGUGAUGGUAGAUGUCAAAGUAACUUUGUUCUAAAGAUGUACCUUUUAUUUCUUUUGUUAAUUAAGCUUAGUGAAAGAUACAUGCUGAUGACAGAUGGUGUCAAAUGCCUUAGCAGGAGUAACUAUGACUCUCUUAAGAUGAGGGCAUAGUUACUAACUGGGCAUAGCUGCAGAAGUCGCACUUCCUCAUGGUCCCGCAGGAUACCCUUGUGGUAACCGAGUUGACUUCUCCCCCAGUGUGAGAGAGGGCGCAUAUCAGCCCUCCCUGUCGUUGGACUCGCCACCCAACGAUAAUUUCAUGAAUCGCUGAAACAAAAAGGUUGGCACAGUUAGUUCCCUGUUGCACAGAGCCUUGUCCACAGGGUGUUGUUGGACACAGUUGGUAGCUUGAGAGAGGGUCUGCUACUAACUACUUCUACCCUCACUUGGACUUGUCAUUUUAUUGCUUACCAGACUGACCAAAUCUUACAAUCACUGGCUUAGCGUUAUAUCUGGACUACCACUCAGACUGAUCCAUUAGAUCUAAGGGUCACAGAUGCCAAAUUACCAUCUAUGCUCUUUGUGCCCAGGGAAGAGGGAUUCGAUCUUGUAAGUUUGGAGUUUUUUAACUCCAGAAUUGUUAAAGAAGGUGGUGUACAUCAUGUGGAUGUUUGGGAGGGUUUGGAGCAACUCCCUGAGCCCUAUGAGAUCUCCCCUAUGGGGAUGGCCCAGGAUGACGCUGAGAGUGCGGUGGGAGGUACCAAAGAGCUCAAAACACCUGAGGCUGAGAGCGCAAUGGGAGGUACUGAAGAGCCCAAAACACCCGAGGCUCCUCACGGGUCGGAAGGUGAUGGUACAACGCCAAGAACACCUGUCGUGUCCAUGCCUGACAAACAACAAUCUUGUCCUCGUUGUGAGACCCGGUUUACUAGGAUGUUGGGGCUGACUGACCAUCUCAAAAGGGCGCACAGGCAGAGAAAGAUCAUUUUCAGGUGUUCAAAAUGAGGUAAAGAAAAUCCAAAAUUCCACAGUAUCUCCUGAAACAUCCCACACUGCAAGGGGGUGGUGUGUGUGGCUCCCACUGGGGAAUGGGUCUGUGAGGUGUGCCAUCGAGGAUUUGCUACUAAGAUUGGCCUGGGUCAGCACAAGAGGAUAAGACAUCCUCUUGUGUGAAAUGUGGAGCGGAUUGUUGCUUCCCAUGCCAAAGAGUCACCGGCCCGAGUGUCCCACAAACGGGUAUGGAAUGAGGAGGAAGAGGCUCUCCUGGUACAACUGGUGGACAAGUUUGUCGGUAAAAGGAAUAUCAACCAACUUAUAGCGGAGCAUAUUCCAGCUAAAACAGCAAAGCAGAUUAGUGAUAAGAGGCGCCUUCUAGCGGGAGGUCCCUUUGUAAAAGAUCAUAAAGGACUAGUAGGUGCCACUGGGAUUGAACAGCCUCCCAGGUCUGCCAAGGUGCCCAAGGAGGGACAGUUAAAGCUCCAAUACUGCAAGGUGAUCAAAGCGGGAUUAUCAGUUGACAAAUUCACCAUGUAUUCGGAGGCCUUCGAGAAGAUUCUUGAUGGGCAAGAUCCAGGUCAGGUGGUGAACGAUGUGUAUAAUGAGUUUCUCGGUAUUCUGGGUGUGCCUAGCCAAAUUAAAUCUAUCUGUAAGGGUAGAAAGAAGCAGGCAUCCCGUGCUUCCCAAAACUCCAUCAAAUUGGAUGCGCAAAAGAGCUAUUAAGAGGGGAAAAUUCUUGAGAUUCCAACUGUUGUACGAGUUACAUAGAAGGCGCCUCGCGCGUGUCAUCCUGGACAGCACGGAAGCCUCUCAGUGCCAAGUACCAUCAAGUGUUCUCCACAAUCACUUUAAAAGAAGGUGGGAUACCUCUGGUAUAUUUGGCGGCCUUCUGAAUUUCCCUCCAUAUAAAGAGGCGGAUAACACUGCAUUCGAGGCCCUAAUUACUGACAAAGAGAUUAAUAAGAACAUGAGAGAGAUGUGUAAAACCUCUGCUCCUGGGCCAGAUGGGAUCACUUUGGGUCAGAUUAUUGCAAAAGACCCAAAGUUUUCCCGGUUGACUGAGAUCCUCAACCUCUGGCUUAUCACCGGUACUGUUCCAGAUGUGCUGAGGGACUGCAGGACAGUCUUGAUACCCAAGUCUUCGGAUGCAGAGAAGCUUGGUGAUAUCAAUAACUGGAGGCCUAUCACUAUUGGUUCAAUGGUGAUUAGCCUGUUCUCCAGGAUCGCUACUGCGAGGCUGUCCAAAGCAUGUCCCAUUAACCUCCAGCAACGGGGUUUCAUUUGCGCAUCAGGUUAUGUUGAGAACCUCAAGUUGUUACAGCUUGUGGUAAAAACAGCUAAGUGAGAACAUAAACAUCUGGGUGUCGUGUUCAUUGAUUUUCCUAAGACAUUUGACACGGUUUGUCAUCAGCAUACAUUUGAGGGUCUGGACAAGAGUGGAGUGGAUCCACACAUGAUGGAGUUGGUGAGGGAAAUGUAUCGUGAUGUUAAGACGUGCAUUUCCAUUGGAAGAGAAAGGACAGACCCCAUAUACAUUCGCUCAGGUGUCAAGCAAGGUGACCCCAUGUCACCUUCACUGUUCAAUUUAGCGAUGGACCCCCUUCUAUGUAAACUCGAGAGUGAAGGUGAGGGUUUCCAUCAUGGGGGCUUGAAAGUUACGGCCAUGGCGUUUGCUGAUGACUUGGUGCAGCUGAGUGACUCUUGGAAAGGUGUCGUGGGGUGACAGCCUUUAUCCCAAUAUCGUGUGUUGUGUCUGGCAGCUGUGCCUUUUCUCUGUCCCCCCCCCGGCCGUCUUGCUGCAGCGGGGCGGGGAAGAGAGGAGGGAGUGUGUGACCAGCCACUUUUGCUUUUGGCUUUUGGCUGCUUGGCUUGGCUCGCUGCUUGGCUUGGCUUUCUUGCUUGCUUUCUGCUUUUUACGCUGUUUUGUUUUUUUCUUUUCCUUUUCUUUUGUUCCCUCUUUCUUACCCUCCCCUGAAGAUAUUGGACCGGCUCUGGACCUGACCUGAGAUCCAGGA